AGUUUGUAUUGAAAAGUCUCAGAGAUCGCACGCGAGAUAACAUCGAUUAUUAUACAAGUGCAAUUUGGUUAUUUUUUUAUUAUUAUUAUUAUUAUUAUUGUUCAUUCGUUUUCGAUAUAUCGAUCGAGAAUGAUAUCAGUUUCUUGGAUUAUUUGGUUUCUUGCUAUAGGAGUUAAUGCGGCAAUGAAUCAAGGUCUUGCGAACCACCCGACGGUUGUGAAGGUCUUCAGAAACCACACGGUUUUGCUACCCUGUUAUGUGCAAGAUCUUGGGGUGCCAACCAGAGUAAAAUGGUGGGGAAAUGGGAUUUCUUUGGCUGACAGCGAUGAUCCCAAUCUGGUAACACCCGAAAGAAUUCGACUAUGGUCUAACAGAAGCUUAGAAAUUUCUAACAUUCAACCAGGAGAUAUGGGAGAAUACGUGUGCCAGGCGUCUCGACCAACUCCUUGGGGAUAUGUUACGCGCGUCUACGAUAUCCAAGUUUUGUAUCCAGCGAGUAUUCGCACAAUACCGGAAUCCGGUGUACUGGAAGUCAAUUUAAAAGAAGAAGUCAACAUGGAGUGUGUCCCAAAUGGUAUCCCCACGCCAGUCGUUUCUUGGUGGGCCAAGGACGGUGAGAUACCAUUGUUAACCAACAGACCACAAUUAAGAUUUUACGUGGAUCAUCGUAAUCGUUCAGGACAAUACACCUGCAUCGCAAACAAUGGUAUCGGUGAUCCAACCUCGGCAACGAUCGAUCUUCGCGUAAAAUAUAAGCCUGAAAUUAUUGUACAGAAGCCAUGGGUUCAUGCGUCCCCUGGAAUUCGUACCCAAUUGGAUUGCAAUGUUAUUGCUUGGCCUGAUCCUGAAGUUGAAUGGUUCUUUACGAACACAACGGUACCCUAUUCAACGAGAAUAGUGAAGCAUAGUACAGGACAUAAUCACAGUUUAGUGAUAAGAAACGUGAUGACGAAAGACUAUGGAUUUUACUUAUGCAGAGCAUGGAAUUCCUUGGGAAUAACUGAGGCAGUCAUCCAAUUGUCGGGAGCCGCGAAUCCUGCUGUUUUCAAAGAAGUUAAAAGUAUAUCAAAAACUGCAUACAAUUUUAUUUGGGAAGUCGAUUGUUAUACUCCUAUCGUUGAGUAUCGAUUCUCAUUUCGUCGAUACAGAAAAUACAUACGCGAAGAUGAAGAUUCUCAUACGAUUACGACAUACAAGUGGCACAGAUUGUAUAUACCGAGUGGAAGCAAUGCUAUUGGUCCUGUACAUGCUCGAUCCUUUAAUCUAACAGGAUUGGAUGAAGCCACUCAUUACGAAGCUUUCGUGGUUUCAAGAAAUCGUUAUGGUUUGAGUAGGGCAUCUAAAAUCAUCAAAUUUGCUACGGAAGGUGCUCCUCCUGAUGCUGAAGACUAUUACAAAACUACCAAAGAAGUGCCAGAAGAAAAGAUCAACACUGUCAUACAAAUGGCCUCGAUGUCUCAACAAUCUAGCGUGGAUAACAACAAUGGAUGCACUUCUAUGAUGAAGAAAAACAUUGCUCUUGUCGUAUUUUUCUCUUUGUUUUGUUCUAAUAUAAGGUUAUUAUAGGCUGUUCUCUUUCGAUGGACAACUACUGAGACUUAUCUUCCUGUUAUUUUUACAAAAAUGAAAAAAGAAACAAAGAAAAAAGUUGACACGAAUAGUUCGAAGCGCGGAUUAAAAAUAGAACCAUAACCAUCUUCAUCCUAUAUUAGGAUAGAUGACAAUCACUCUUUUAUAUAUAACUAAAAAUAAAUUAAUAUUAUUUUAUAUCUACAAAUACUUACAUAAAAAUGUAUUAUUACUCUAUUUCUUUGGAAUUAAAAAUAAAAGAUUUUAUUAUUUAAAUAAUAAA